AUGGUGAUCCUUCAUAUCAAAAGGGGCGAUGAAAGCCAAUUUUUAUAUGAAACGAAUGUUAACAAUUCAGUUGACGAUGUUCUUCAAGAUAUAGUAGCUAUAUUCAAUGGGAGGUUGAAAGUGACAAGGAUUUGUUACGAAAUGGAAGAAUUACAGAAGCAUGGAACGUUUUUGCCGCUGGAAAUGCAAGGAUUGACUGAGGAUCAGAUAAAAGAUUUAAAACUGGAAGACCCAUGGGCUAAGCGAUGUGCUCCGGUUGGUUACAUUGUAGCCAAGGAUGAAAUGGGACGACGAUGUGGCCUAGCACCACCACCUAACCUGCAAGAAGUGUUAAAGAAAGCGGCUGAAACCGCAAAAGAAAUUAUAAGUAAGAAACACGUAGAUCUACGUAAGUGCCUGACCCAAAAAGACGUAUUUCGUGCACUUAACGAACUCCGAGGGGCGACAAAGAUCGUUUUCCCAGCCGGUCUACCACCUCACGACCCUGUUCGGAUGGAGCUAGAUAAUGUUGAGGAUUUGUCUGGGACUCAAGCAGCUAAUGAGGUCAUUGACCCAUCUCGAGCGUGCCUCUGGGCGUGUGGAAAGAAACUUCUCAACGGUAACAAGUUGAGCGAUCAUUUAGGAAAAAAUGACAAAUCAAAAGUGACAGUAAAAUUAUGCUCUGCGUCUGAAGGUGCCCCUGGAAGGGAACCGAUUUUGACCGAAGAUGAGAGAAAGCAGCUCAUGCUCCAAGCUUACAGGAAACAAGAAGAGUGGAAAAAAUUGGAACAAGAUGACGACGACAGCUAUUUGGACUCGAAAUGGGCAGAUGGGCAAAACUUGAAACGUCAAUUUCACGGCUUGAAUAAUAUUUCUUGGAAACCUGUUUUAAAGAAAUAAUUUCAUUGCUUUGUAGUGUAUUUAGUUGAAUUGUAAAUUAAUUUUAAUUAGUUUUCAAUUAAGUUUUACUAAAGUAUUGACAAAUUUCUCCAAUAGAAUAUAUUGUUGUUCGUUUGUCUAAUAUCAAUAACAUUAAUAACGAUUUACAAUAACUUCAUUAAAUUUAUU